GAUAUACCUUUUUGUUGUAACAAGGCAUGUUAUAAGAGAUGGGGGUGCCUCACAUGAUUCUUGUGACUAUGAUACCAAUGUGACGAAUAACAAAUCAAAGUACAAACAAAGUGACCCAGUCUUUGACGAUUCGUUGUGAUGUAUUUUGGGGAAAAGGCAAAGAAGGAAGUACACAUCGAUCCAGAGCCAUCCAAAAACUUACUGUACAUUGCCAAGAUGAACAUACUGUUGAAGGGACGGUUGCCAAGAAUAUAAGGAGAGACAGAGUCUAUAGGGGAAGAGCAUUUAUAUUCUGUAUAAUUUAUAGAGAAUGAUUUUUAUGCAAAGGAUUAUAUUACAUGGAAACAUGAUAUGAGACUUCAUCAUAACAUCAUAACUUAACAUUUUUACAUUCAAAGUGAGACACUGUUAUGAAAAAACAUAAUAUCUCAAUAGUAAUAUAUUACUAUUGAGAUAUUAUGUUUUUUGAUGUCACCACCAAGAAGUGAUGACAUUUUGUUAUAGCAAUAUUUUUUGUGACUUGUGUAGGUGGUCUGUACCAGUUGUUGGCAUAAGCAAUCAUUUUAAUAACAAUGCUUUGUUUAAAAAUAUCUAGACUCUGAUGUGAUACAGUGAACUGACACAUACUGGUAUGUUAAGUACACUAAGUAACAAAAUCUUCAUCAGUUUCUCUCCAGGACUAUUUGUAUCCCAAGAGAUAGUGGAGAGUUGAUUCCAAUCCCCACCUGUGAUGUUUCUGAUAAACAAUCACGUUCUAAUAUAUAUGUUUCACCUGUGCUGAUUUAUCUAAAUCCCAUAGUAAGCACUUGAGCAGAAUUCUUGUUUCUUUUGGAAAAACAAGUCAAAAUGUCUAUAACUUGGAUGAAAAACAGGGUGCAGAAGCAAAGAAUUACUUAUCAAUAUAGCAGGCAUAAAUGACGUGAUCCUCUUAUGUAACAUCAGGUGAUGCGUUAGAGAAAUCUGAGGAUUGAUAUUUCAUGUUAGAAUGUAAAAUCCGAUAAAUAUGACAUCAUUGAGUUUGAUGAACUCAUAGAACUUUCUUGAAUUUAUGAGUUCCUAACAAAUAAUAUAUGGAUCAUGUUGCAUUGAACUUGUUUAUGAGUAAUAAGAUCAACCUAGAUUCAUGAAUUUUAUCAGACAGAAUUCCGCAUGAUUUCAUUUAAAUCCAAUAAAUUCAAAACCAGGAAAAGUAUUUUUGUUAACAUUUGAAUUAAUGGAUUAACAUGUAAAUGAACUUAAAGAUACAUUGCAGAUUUGGAUUAAUGAGUGAAACGGUUAAUAUCAUGGCUGAAAGAGGAAGUCAAGAUGAUCACAUGAACAAUGACAUGGAGGAUAUUCAUAAGGAAAUAAAUGGACAACAAUCAAUUGAAGACUAUGAGAUAAGCAGUGAAGAGAACAAAAUUGGAUUUAAUGAAAAUAGAAAUAUGGAGAAUAAAGAGAUGGUAGAACCAGAAAGGUGUGUAUCUGACCUUGUAAUCACUCUUGUCAAAAAUGAAAAUAGUCUACCAGAAAAUAGUGGAAAUAGUGGAAAGCCAGAAAUAAUGGAGGAAGAAAAUAACGAAAAGGCAGAAGAAAAUGGUCUGCUGGAAAACAGUAGUAUGGUAGAAAAUAGUGAGACAGAAAACACUGGAAAACUAGAAAAUUUGGAGGCAGAUAAUAAUGAAAAGGCAGAAUAUAGUAUGCUAGAAAACAGUAGUAUGACAGAAAAUAAUAAGACAGAUAACAGUGGAAAACCAGAAAAUAUUGAGGCAGAUAAUUGUAAAAAAGAACAUGGUGGUGCUAAAAACAAUGAAAAUGGAGGAAAUGGUGACCUAGAGAAUGACAAUGUAGUAGAAAUUUAUGCUGAAAAUGAGACCAUUUACAACAAGAAGGAAAAUGACAAACAAGAAACAAAUGAGAAAGAUUUUCGUGAAAAUGACAUAAUAACAAAUAGAAAUGAAUCAACCGAUGGAAACUGUGAUGAACUGAUUGCUGAUGAAUCAAUUGAAGCAGAUGUAAGACCAACUGCUGUUGACAAUGUAGAAGAAGAUGAAACUGCUGUUGUACCAAUGCAUCAUAUUGCACUUCAAAAACUUGAUGAUAUCAUAGGUAUGAAGUUACAAACAACAGUCUUUAUUUGUAUCUUGUUUGCAUAAAGCACUAGAUAUUGAUGAUAUUGAUCAAGAAAUUAUCAUUUCAGAAUAUGGGUACCAGUAG